GUGUCCAGAUCAGGAAAGUGAAGGAAAAAGUGGUACACUUCAAACCACAACACAGAUGUCUACUCAGCAACCUACUAGUAGCCUAAGUGAAGCAGCCGCAUUACUCAACAGUAUAUUAGCCUCAGCAGAGACCAUCAGAACUCUGUCAAAUGCGGCAGUCGUGGGGAAGCAACCUGUUGCAAGUACCUGUGUGGACGGACUGGAUAGUCACUUAACAUCCCUCUUUCCCUCACGUCAGCGUAGCAGCUUGCCCAUGCCAGUGACAUCUACAGUCAGGAGAGAAUGUGCACCUGCACCACGUUAUCAAACUCGGCAAUGCUUCGGCAGCUGGACAUCAGGCACCAGAAGAAAAAGAGUUAUGGCACAGCAGCAUGACCAUUUCAACAAAGAUGUUAUACUACUUCCAGCUCCGUCAUGGGGAGUAGUGUGCAAACAAGGUUCAAAAUUAUGGUUACACAAACAUGGGCACAUCCUCAGUGCUUUUGAAUUCCAGAAGACCUGGGACAACCAAACUGUCGUGAAACACAUCAAGGAAAGCUUUGGUGAACGCAUUCCAGAGGAUGUCAGUCUCGAGUUUCUAAUGGCUUGUGGCAAUAAGCUGGUGUCUCCAAAGCUCCAAGAUGGUCAGGAGCUGAAUGGGAUGCUGAUCCUAAAGGUUUUUAAAACCAAAGCCCUCUAUGUAAGGCCAUCAAGGACACUUUUAUUAAGUUCCUAAAAGAAUGAAAAAGAAUCAUGAUUUGGGAAAAAACAUGUCAACAAUUGGGCUUCUAGCAAAAUAGAAUAUAUUUAUUUAAAAUAAGUAUUUGGGAGCAAUCAAUAUGGAUAUUUCUUAUUUUAAUCUUUUUAAGAUAAGCUAUAAUUACUUGCUUUUGAUAUAUGUUUUUGGUCUUUCUCUGUUGAAGAGUGAAUCAGAUGAAGACAAAGAUCCUUCCCACAUCAGCUCCAAAUCAGCAUUAAGCAGUUGUGCAACUGAUAAGGACAGUGACGAUGACUGUUUUGAAGUUGAUAGUUCAAAAAUCCAACAAGACAUGAGCAGCCAAGUCACUACAAGGUUAAGAAGACAUGUUAAAGGUGAUAACCCUGGCACUAGCAGUGAUGAAGAAGAUGAUACUGGGACCAAGUGUAUUGGAAGGAGUGUUGGUAAAAGGCGACGAGCAAAGCAAGGAAGUGAUGGGAACAGCAUUUGUGAUGAAGGCUACAUGGCAAGAAGUGAUGACAAACCUAGCACAAGCAGUCACAGCAGAGAUUUCAAUGCAAGAAGUGAAGACAUCCCAGCCAUCAGUGUUAGUGAUGAAGAUUAUUCUUCAUAUUUAACUCUCGUGGCAUCGCUUUCUGGCGAUUCUUCAGAUGAUGAGGAUUUAAAUCAAGCUAUAAUUGCGAGCUUGGAGAAUCAGAUUGCAGAAAAAGUCCCUGUUCAAGAGAUACUGCUGGAACUAUCAAGCAAAAUUAGCACAAAACAGCAGUGCAAAUUUAACAUAAAUCGCUCUGCUGUGUGGGAGGGAGCCUUGCGUGUUUUCAAAGGCUAUCUUAUGAUCCCAACUUGAUGAUCUGUGUGAAAUUCUCAGAUGAUAUGGGGAAAAAUGAGGAAGGGGUUGAUUUAGGCGGGCCAAGGAGGGAAUUCUUGAGACUAUUGAUGGACACCAUUGCCAGGUCAGCCAUGUUUGAGGGGAAAGAAAACUGCAAGAACUUGGCUCUUGACAGUACUGCUCUCAGAGGGGACUGUUACUACAUCUCUGGCAGAGCCAUUGCAGUGAGCUUGGUACAUGGUGGUCCACCACCUAACUUUCUGUCACCAGCAGUAUUUUCUCUUCUGGUUGGAAAUUCAGCAAAUCCAGCCCUGGAAGACAAAGCUGACCUGGAACUCUUCGAAAAAGUCAAAAAGAUAUCUCAAAGUACAACCCUUGAGGACCUUGAGAAGUCAAAAGAACCUCUGCUUGAUUGCUUGGCCAAUGCAGGAUGCCUGAGGCCUCUGCGUUCACUAAGAGACAGGGAUCUGCUGGUACAUGUCAUUGUCAUGUUUCAGGUCAUCCACAGGGUUCAAGGUCCAUUUCAAAGAUUUUGUGAAGGUCUGAAAACUCUUGGGGUUCUCGACAAAAUGAGAUGGCAUCCAGACAGCUUUCGCCCUCUGUUCUGCUAUGAGCCACAUAUGCUGACUGCUGACCAGGUGGAUGAUCUUUUCAACAUUCAUCUAUCUCCAGAAGGAAGCAACAGAAGAGCUGCUGAGGAGAUGGUUGUUACCUUCUGGAGAGACUAUCUCCAAGAUGCAGAAGAAGAAGAAGGACCUUCCAAAUUACAGAAGAUAUUGGCCUUUGCAACUGGAGCAACUGCGGUGCCACCUAUUGGCUUUUCUCCAGCACCCUCGAUUGAGUUCAUUCAUAGAGGAGACGACGACUUCUCUUCUACACCAAUUUUCCCUCUUGCCAACACGUGUGUUAACUGCAUUAGGCUGCCACUGCAUGUUUCAUACCAGCUGUUCAAGGAGAAGUUUGAUUUUGCAUUAGGUAACACUUACGGCUUUGGCAGGGUAUGAACACAAUAUGCUGGAGGAGUUUGCGUGUUUCUCUUUUGUAUUGGUCUCUCUACUGAUUCAAAGUGAGUAUUGAAUAUUAACUUGUUAAGGUUUUAAUAUUUCCAAAUUUACCUACCUCAGUCAAAUUGAUGUUUUAAGACAUCAGUUUGACAAGAAGUGAUUGUUCUUCAGGAUUCAUACAGGUAGAUACCAAUUGUUUAACAGCACUUCAGAAGUUUAUUUAGAUUGUUGAGUUUGAAUAUACAAAAUUUGUCUCACUUUACUCAUUUCAUGUGUAUGUGCAUCUGUUUUUGAUUUGGUUGUCUUUGUGUCUGUUUAUUCUUCUGCCUGUGUCAGUUUCUGUUUGACAACAGAGCUGUCAUUUUAUCAUUUUAAAGAAAAUGGUUUCAAUAUGUUAGUUUCGAUCAGAUAUGUUUUCUGAAAUGUUUCUUUAUAUUUUUUUAUUUUUUGCAAAAUAUUUGAUUCAAUGUAGAAGGUGUAAAAGUGAAGAAAACACAUCUAUUCCAUGAUUUCCAUCAUUUUCUAAUGGAUUCACUUGUUGAAUUAUGUUCAUUGCAGUCUCAUUUAUGUUGAUGUCAAUAUCUGGAAUUAUGACAUUAUUGUUUGUUUGAAGUUCUGGUAAUGGCCCUUCUUCAUUCAAGGUUCUUUAUUUGUCACAUGCAUAGUUAUACAAGUAUAACACACAGUGAAAUGUAACCUGACACGCUCCUCGACAUGUGCAAAAGGGGGGGUAGAGGAAGAACAUUAUAUCAAUGCCAUGAUAGUUAUCAACAUGAAAAAUGUCAGUUAUAAACGACUGGAUUCCCACAUUGUUUGUGACACCUGUAUGCCACAGCUGAAGAGGGGUCUGUCCUCCUUGUGUAGAGAGCCCAUGGUUGUUCCACUGAUUGACAAAUUCUGUUAAUGCUCUUUCAAUCCUUGGCAAAUAAACAUAAUG